AUGCACCGAGUUCCACCGAAGCUGCUAAGGCACUUCCGAACUGAGGCUGCCGAAACAGACGCGCCGACUUCUACCGAAUCUGUUGAGACUACCUCCGUAGAGACUGAAGCUGCCGAAACAAAUGCACCGACUUCCACCGAAACUGGCGCCGAAACAGACGCGCCGACUUCCACCGAAUCUGUUGAGACUACCUCCGUAGAGACUGAAGCUGCCGAAACAAACGCACCGAGUUCCACCGAAGCUGCUGAGGCUACUUCCGCAGGAACUGAGGCUGCCGAAACAGACGCGCCGACUUCUACCGAAUCUGUUGAGACUACCUCCGUAGAGACUGAAGCUGCCGAAACAAAUGCACCGAGUUCCACCGAAGCUGCUAAGGCCACUUCCGCAGAAACUGAGGCCGCCGAAACAGACGCGCCGACUUCCACCGAAUCUGUUGAGACUGCCGAUGUAAAGACUGAGGCUUCCUCCGCAACCGAGAACGUCAGUACAAAUGCUGAAAUUUCUACCGAAGCUAAUGCUGUCGAGGAUAAUGCCGUCCGUAAGAAUAAGGUUACCAUCGUCAGGGAUAAAAUUACCGUCAUCAAGGGUGACGCUGCCAGCAUCAAGGAUAAGAUUGCCGGCACGUUGGAUAAUGUCGCCACUGGAGAGAAUAAAACCGUCGUCGCCAAAAUUACAUAUGUCGAGACCGUAACUGCAUCUAAUGUAAUUGGCGCCGUUAAAGAUGAAAUUACCGCUGUCAAGGGUACCGCUGACAUCAAGGGUAACGCCGACAUCAAGAGUAACAUCGACAUCAAGGGUAACGUCCAUAUUAAGGGUGACGCCGAUGUCAAGGGUAAAAUUACCGUUGUCAAGGAGAAGACUGUCGACGUGAAGGAUAACGCUGCAGACGACAUCAAGGGUAAUACCGACAGCAAAGGUAACGCCGACAUCAAAGGUAAAAUUACCGUUGUCAAGGAGAAGACUGUCGACGUGAAGGAUAACGCUGCAGACGUCAAGAAUAACGUCGACAUCAAGGGUAAUACCGACAGCAAAGGUAACGCCGACAUCAAGGGUAAAACCGACAGCAAAGGUAACGCCGACAUCAAGGGUAAAAUUACCGUUGUCAGGGAUAGGACUAUCGACGUGAAGGAUAAGGCUGCCGACGUCAAGGGUAACGCUGACAUCAAGGGUAACGCCGAUAUCAAGAAUAAAAUCGGCAUCAAGGGUAACGCCGACAUCAAGGGUAACACCGACAUCAAGGGUAAAAUUACCGUUGUGAAGGACAAGGCCGUCGACGUGAAGGAUAAGGCUGCCGACGUGAAGGAUAAGGCUGCCGUCGUGAAGGAUAAGGCUGCCGACGUGAAGGAUAAGGUUGCCGACGUGAAGGAUAAGGCUGCCGAGGUCAAGGGUGACGCUGACAUCAAGGGUAACGCCGACAUCAAGGGUAACGCCGACACCAAGGGUAACGCCGACACCAAGGGUAACACCGAUGGCAAGGGUAACGCCGACAUCGAGGGUAACACCGACAGCAAAGGUAACGCAGACGUCGAGGAUAACAUCGAUGGCAAGGGUAGCGCCGACAUCGAGGGUAACACCGACAGCAAAGGUGACGCAGACAUCGAGGAUAGCAUCGAUGGCAAGGGUAACGCCGACAUCGAGGGUAACACCGACAGCAAAGGUAACGCAGACAUCGAGGAUAACACCGAUGGCAAGGGUAACGCCGACAUCAAGGGUAACACCGACAUCAAGGGUAAAAUUACCGUUGUCAAGGAUAAGACUGUCGACGUGAAGGAUAAGGCUGCUGACGUCAAGGGUAACGCCGACAUCAAGGGUAACGCAGAUAUCAAGGGUAACGCCGACAUCAAGGGUAACAUUGACCUCAAGGGUAAAAUUACCGCUGCCAAGGAUAAGAUUGUUGACGCGAUUGAUAACGUUGCUGACAUCAAGGGUAACGCCGACAUCAAGGGUAACGCUGACAUCAAGGGUAGCGCCGAUGGCAAGGGUGACGCAGACAUCAAGGGUAACACCGAUGGCAAGGGUAACGCCGACAUCGAGAGUAACACCGACAGCAAAGGUAACGCAGACAUCGAGGAUAACACCGAUGGCAAGGGUAACGCCGACAUCAAGGGUAACGCCGACAUCAAGGGUAACGCCGACAUCAAGGGUAAAAUUACCGUUGUCAAGGAGAGGACUGUCGACGUGAAGAAUAAGGCUGCCGACGUCAAGGGUAACGCCGACAUCAAGGGUAGCGCCGAUGGCAAGGGUAACGCCGACAUCGAGAGUAACGCCGAUGGUAAGGGUAGCGCCGACAUCAAGGGUAACAUUGACCUCAAGGGUAAAAUUACCGCUGUCAAGGAUAAGAUUGUUGGCGCGAUUGAUAACGUUGCCGACAUCAAGGGUAACGCUGACAUCAAGGGUAGCGCCGAUGGUAAGAGUAACGCCGACAUCAAGGGUAGCGCCGAUGGCAAGGGUAGCGGUGCCAUCUCUGCGAGUGGUUCCAUUGUCGCCAAGAGUGAGAAAAUCAUUGGCGCCAAAGUUAAAGGGGAGGCCUCGUAUGGAUUUAUCCUCUAAGAGAUUUAAUCUGCUAACUGAGAGAUCCGAUUGAACCUUCAUCGCAAUCACAUCUCGAACUUUUGAAGCCUCUCUGAUACCUGGGUGGUUAAUUAGUUAACCGUCCCUGAGUAUUGAACAAGGUGCGACGUAUGUUAUCAUAACAAUUGUGCCAUAUUUAUUGCUAUUGCGAAACAAAAUCUUCCAUCCAUUUUUUAUGGAUACUCUGUUGUACCAUUGCUGUCCUAAAUACGGAAAUAAAGAGUGGAGGUUCGGUCGACAUCUCCGACCACCCCCCAACCUAUUGUCCCAGCAUUAACUUAAAAC